AUGGCGUCCUCGCGGAGCAGAGCGGACCACCAGGUCCUCAUCGCCGUCGCGCUGCUGCUCCUCCUCUCGUCCCCGCGGGCCGCCAGCGGCGCGCCCAACACGAGGCCGCUGUCCGUGCGGUGCAACGGCGCGGUGUACGGCGCCGGGGACCCCUUCGCGGAGAGUCUCACCUACGUGCUCGCCGACCUGCUGGCCGCCACGCCGUCGUCCCGCGCCCGCGACGCCUACAGCAUCUCCCCGUACCCGAACGCGUUCGCCUACGGCCACGCCGCGUGCGGCGGCGCCGGUGUGACAGCCGCGGACUGCGCGAGCUGCCUCGGCUCCGCCGUGGGUCAGAUGAACACGACCUGCCACCGCGCCGUCGGAGCGAGGGCGGUGCUCGUGGACUGCCGCGUGCGGUACGAGCAGUACGCGUUUGUGGAUUAGCUGCAGGCCGGCCGGCGCCGCGGUUUGGUGUGCACGUUUAGUGUGUGGCAUUCGGUCUCGCAGAUUUCUGCUUGCGGAUUUAUGUUCAAAUUCUGCAGUGCAGCAUUUGCCUUCAUGGAGUUUUUUCUAACUCUCGUGCCUUCGUGUAGUUCGCUCUAUGAUCUUGUAUAUGUUACUAGUAAAGUUUUUAAAAAUAAUUUUGCUAUUUCACAA